CGUCCAGACGUACGGCGCUGUGCUCACGUCUUACGUCAACUCAAAAUCGAAGUAGCCUUCUCCAGGCGUACACUCUUUAUUUUCGUGUAUUGCAAUAAACAUUUGUACGUACCUAUGUAACACGCUAUGUGUGGAUCCGCGGGGGGCCCGCCGCUGUAAAGGAAUACUCUUGUGGAAUACCACCUCUGGGAUCGAAAUCUGCGCUUCUUUCAGCUAAGCUAACGUUAUUGCAUCUGUUAGCAAAACUUGCUAGCUAAGACGCUAGCGCUUAACGUUAGCUGUCCCUACCCAACCCGUCGAGCUAGCUAUGCGUUAGCAUUUUAGCCUAGCUCGCUAACCAGUGACAAAUGACAAAGGGCGUGAAUGAUGUGAUCCUGAACAUGCCAGAGUGAAGGAAGAAAGCUUUUCCUGUUACCAUCUACAACUUGGCACAAACAGUCAUCAUCAAAUCAUAGGACAGCAUCCCAGUAAUCCAGGCAGCACACCUGUCUGCAGAUUGGACUGCAUUUGAACAAUGUGAGGGCCCCUCGGUGCAGUCUGAGGGGAGCCCGGGACUUGCAGAUACGACCCUGCUGUGCGGGGUGGAACUGAUUCUGUCUCAUAGAGAACUGCCUUUCUAGUAGAUUCCUAGUCAUUCAUACAUUCUUGGUCUCCUUAUCAAGGAGAUAAGCCAUGAUGUUCCGAGACCAGGUUGGUGUCCUUACAGAUUGGUUCAAAGGCUGGAAUGAGUGCGAACAGACGGUGGCACUAUUGUCCCUCCUGAAGAGGGUGUCCCGCACCCAGGCACGGUUCUUACACAUCUGCCUUGAACACUGGCUGGCUGACUGCACAGAGAUUCACAUCCUUGAAGCUGAGGCCAACAAUGCAGCAAUUGUCAGCCAGUGGCAUCAGGAGCCAAAGGAGAAAGUGGUGUCCUUGCUGCUGUCCCAUCUGCCGCUACUGCAACCACGCAAUAGCGAGGCCAAGUGUGAAUACAUGAAGCUGCUGCAAAAGGUAUUGAGUCACACUAUUGAGAGUAGUCUGUUCGUGGAAGAGAGCAGACAGCUGCUGUCCUAUGCUCUUAUACACCCUGCUACCACACUGGAUGACCGCACCUCUCUGGCCAUGUGGCUGAAUCACCUCGAGGAGCAUCUAUCCAGCGGCUACGCACCCCGGGGCCCAUCCAGCCCCUAUCACCCACGCCAGGCCUCAGAUGAAUGGCCCAGCUCUGCUGAGUCCCUGGACCCUGGUCAUGCCUGGCAUGACAAGUCCCCCUCAUCAAACACGUCUCCAGCAGACCAGAACGGACACAUGCCUUUCCCAGGCAGAAUGUCCUCUCCUAUCAACAGCAAUAAUACUGGUCUGAUUGGGCAGAUGCAGCCAAGUCCUCUGAAGAAGUCCAUGUCCGUUAUUCCUUCCAGUCCCCAGGCUUGUGGCUCUGAGUGGGUUUGCCAGGAUGAUGCAGGGGGCCGUCAGAACUUGAUUCCAACUGACCACGCUCCUCUUUCCCCUCAGAGCAGUGUAGCUUCAUCAGGCAGUGAGCAAACAGAAGAACAGGGCUCUAAUCGCAACACUUUUCAAGAGGAUGGUAGUGGCAUGAAAGAUGUUCCUGCCUGGUUGAAGAGUCUCCGCCUUCAUAAAUAUGCAUCGCUUUUCUCCCAGAUGACCUACGAGGAGAUGAUGAUUCUCACUGAGCAGCACCUGGAGACGCAGAAUGUCACGAAAGGAGCACGGCACAAAAUUGCCUUGAGUAUCCAGAAACUGCGAGAGAGGCAGUGUGUGCUCAAGUCUUUAGAAAAGGAUAUUUUGGAAGGAGGAAACCUUCGUAACGCCCUUCAGGAGCUCCAACAGAUCAUCAUUACGCCCAUAAAAGUCUACAGCCCACUAAGUACAGCGCAGCCUGCCUCGGACGCCCCCCCCUCUCCUUCGGAAAACACGAAAGCAGAUAAAGAGUCAGCCACAGAGGGUUUCCAGUCCCACAACCCACCCCCUUGUGAUGGAGACUCUUCAGCCACACCUAUCUCAGACGGCGACAUUGCUGGACAGUUUACCCGUGUCAUGGGCAAAGUGUGCACUCAGCUGCUCGUGUCCAGGCCAGAUGAAGAGAAUAUUAGCUGUUACCUUCAGCUCAUUGAGAAGUGUCUGACACAUGAGGCUUUCACGGAAACUCACAAGAAAAGACUGGUCUCCUGGAAGCAGCAGGUCCUUAAACUGCUCCGUCUAUUCCCUCGGAAAGCUAUGCUGGACAUGCCUGUGUACCGUCAGAAAGGCUGGACAUAUGGGUCCAACUCCCUCCCCACAGCAGGCUCUGUGAGCGGAGGUGUAGGGCGGCGGGGCCAAAGGCAGUUCCAGAUGACACCUCGUGGACUACCAGCUGGGCGCAUCAACCUUCUGAGUCCUGGUGGGAUUGGGGGAGCAUCUCCACGCCACACACUCACCAAUCCUGCACUGGCAGGCCAGGGUAGACAGAACCUGUGGUUUGCCAACCCUGGGGGCAGUAACAGCAUGCCAAGUCAGAGUCGCAGCUCGGUGCAGCGGACUCACUCACUCCCUGUCCACACAUCCCCGCAAACCAUGCUCAUGUUCCAGCAACAAGAAUGCCAAGUUCCAGGUGCUGACCUGGAGAUCAACCCCACGCUGGAGUCACUGUGCCUCAGUAUGACAGAGCAUGCCUUAGGGGAUGGAACAGACCGGACAUCAACAAUAUGAAAAGAAGAAAGGAAGAAACACUUCAGUUGAGGCGUGUUCAGUUCCUCAUCACCCAGCACAAAGAUAUACAUACGCUUAAAAAAAACAAAAACAGGCAAAGCACUCACUACAAAAUGACAAAAAAACUGUGUAUAUGUUCUCUAAUAUUUUUGUACUUUAUUAUAUACGACUAAGUUUAUUAAAAAUGGAAUACAGAUGAUUAUUAUAUUGCAGGACAGAGAAACAAAGAGGUUAAGUGUGCAGACCGUUCCAUGUCACCUGCAGGACUGUGACAUGAUGUGGAGGCUCAGUUUGCCGUGGUCUGAGAAAAAAACACAGGUGGAUUGGUGCUGUCUUAAAGGGGUUGUGCCCUCUGAGUUACUCUACCCCUCCUUGGAGCAGGGCUUUCUACCUAGAACACACUGACACCCUCAGCCUCCCCUUCACCACAUGAUAUGUAGAUGCAGAAAUGUCGGCCAGAAUUAUGGCACUUUUAUUAUGGUAUCUUUGAUAUUAGGCACUGAACUGUAAUUGGCCCACAGCUAUGCUCACUGAGAUUCCACUCGUAGGCAGACGUCGACGAACAGACACCGGUCAGAUCCAAACAACUCGCAAUGCGAUGCUAGUCAAAAGCUUCUUUUUUCCUGCAAGGAAAUCCCUUCCCUUGGUUCUUCUCUCUCCUCUCAGGAAAACCUUUUGUGGCGAAGACAGGAAAUGGAAGAACCAAACCUGUAACCCAAGUCCCGAGCAUAGCCUUUGUCUUGGUUGUUCGACUUAAACAUGAAGUCCUAGUAGAAAUAACUGUCCUCCUCUGAACGUCUACAAAGCCAAAGAGAGGGGUUGUGUGAUUGAUCAUUUGCAAGGAAUAUUUGUAGUGACAUGCAACAGGAUGAUAUAAUUCUUUUUAAGAAGAAAAGCAGUUUCAAGAAUUUAUGCCAGCUGCAAUUUGUCUCUGUUAUUUUAUGCCCGACUACGUAAAUGAUGAUGAAUCUCAUUUUGUGCCGAGGAAAAGCCAGAGGGAUGAAUAAGGGCUGGUGAGGUUUGUACUGUGAGGUGAUUGGAUAUUGAAUUGAUAAAAGUGAGGAGGGUAGAGUGUGUUCAAUUUACACUCUAAUGCUGGGUGAGAAAACUAAAUGAAACCCAUCUCAACCCUGUGGCCCCCUUUUAUGAUUGGCUGUGGAAAAAUGAAACCUGAUCUCGUAAUAAAUGUGCUGGUGCGCAGCGCCUUGCCGUCUCGGUGCCCUCUUCCUCAAACGGCCAAUGUGAUGAUUUGAUGAAUCAUACUUUUUCAAGGUGCUUGACGUUGUCCAUAUUUUCUGUUUGUGUCUCCCGUGUGUUUCAGUCAAAACCCAAACAUUAUCAUGUGGUAUCAGUGUUGAAUCAAAAAAAACUGUCUUUUCUGUGAGCCUCUGCCUUUGAAUGUGGCAGAAUGGAGGUGCAUGUAUGUGUAAUAUGGUCUUAACCUUUAGAUCACUUUUGGUUGCAUCAUGAGGCAGGGAUAACCAUUCACAUUUUAUUUCAGCAGAGCCAUAGGACGUAUGUCUAGUAAAGAUGGUUAUUUACAGAUAUCUUUUCCAAUUGUAGUUUUUUUUUUUUUUACUCUCCCUUGAUAAUGAUAACUUAUCCUUAUUUUCUAUAAUCGCAUGUUUUGCCACACUAAUACAGCACUGUUGUAGAUAGAGGACAUGGUUGCUGGUGCUCACUUGCCAGCGAGUAGACAGGAGGAACUUUGCAACUAAUGUUGUUUAUAUUGCCUAAAUGUCACAGUUUACAUCUCUCUGGGAUAACACCCCAAAUCAUGUCAUGAGUAUCCAACAUUAAAGAACUGAAGCCUUCUCAAACAUGAGCUGGCUGGGUGGAGCCUGCAAGCCUUCUACCCACUGAUCCAUGGACUCCAUAUGAGUCUCAGUAGAUAAAGUGAUAGCGGUGUGAGCCGACCAUGUGGUGGUUAUAGAAGUUGGCCUCCCUGGCAUUUUAGCUCCUGUGUGUGCUGCCUGCAAUGCACAGCUCCAGCAUUUUCAGUUGGUUAACGGUCCUGAGUGGUAUUAUAGUCCUGGAUUUCUUCAGAGCAGGCUCUUGGAUAGAUCUGAUUCACUAAAAGCAUCAUACUCAUGCCCACAAAGAAUUUAAGCGAGUCAGCAAUUGACUCAACUUUUAUGUUGGCGACCUUGCUUUCAACCACACUCUUUACUGUAUCUCAAUCGUGUCAUGUUACAGAUGGCUCAGAUGAUCCUUUUUGUAGCCUCUGAAGACGCCCCACAUGUUAGUGCAGAGACACAGAGGUACAAUGCGGCUCGUCGCUGCGAGUGUCUGUGCACAGUCGAGAUGCAGCAGGGGAUGACAAUGCUUAUCUGAGCCGCGAAUGGUGUGAUUAGGAGUAAACGGAACACUAAUAAUAGGCCAAGGAAUAUGUUUACUCCAUGUUUACAUUCCAGUGAUGCAUGAAAUGAGCUGGGGGAGAUGCGCUUCAUAGGUUCAGCUUGGUGUGUUCUCUCAUACCAGGCAUCCACUAGGAGGUACCAAGCCUGUGUCAUUUGGAGACAUCUACCAAGUGGUCCUUAGAUCAUGUUAUUGUCCCUGCCAGGCUUAGUUAUUGAGUCAAUGCAGCCAGCUGUAGGCUACAUUUCUUAUAUUUGUCUUUUACGAUCCAUAUUUAAUUCUGAUGAGUCCCUGGAUCUUUUCUAACAUUUUAUGAACCUUUUGCAUCCCGUGCUUACACUCUACUUUUUUACUGUCACUCAUAUGUGUGAAUGGUCUGCAGUACGUCGGAUCAUUGACAGUCCAAAUAAAGAAGUUCAGUUCUUUUGCAACCUA